AUGCCUUCGGCCACCGCUUCAGCAUCUGCAGCACAUGCCUCGUCCACUGCGACGGCGGGCAAGACUACUACAGCAGAACCUGCCGAAUUGGACCCCAUUCCCUUCUUCCGCGAAAUAGACAUUAUUCUCAUCGGCGUCGCUGGCUUCUUCAUUCUUCUUGCUUUGCCCAGAGCGAUCGCCCGCUUCAAGCACCUGUCCCAAUGGUUCGCGGGGUGUUUCUUCCGUUCGGUCACGCUUGAGCGCUCUGCUUCUCGACCCCGCAGGGCGGGCAGCAAUGGCUCGUCCUACAAUGAGAAACCCGUCGACGAGAAUGCUGAAGUCCGGUCGGUCUCUGUCUACUCCAACAUCGACCUCACGCCGUUCACCGGCAUCGAGUCGCCGAAGAACCCGCCGACGUACAUCGCUGCUUGGUCCUGCAUCUUUCCAUACGUUAACAACAUCCUCGAGACGAAGAUCAGGCCCGGUUACUCCCUCUGGAAGGUCCUCCUCAUGAUCGGGUAUAUGGCUGCAAUGAUGUACGCGGCUUUGAUCGACGUGAACCUGUUCACGAGCCCGGCGCGGCUUGGGUUCGUCGCGACCAGCCAGCUUCCCGUCAUUUAUAUAAUGGCUACCAAGAACAACGUCUUUGGCACGCUCAUUGGACAAGGAUAUGAGAAGCUGAACUGGGUGCACCGCUACGUCGGGCGUGUCGUGGUCCUAGUGGUCAAUCUGCAUGCAAUGGCAUACUUCGCAAAAUGGGCCAACGAAGGCGGUGUUGCGGCGCAUAUGGAGACGAACCACGUAUGGGGCUGCGUCGCUCUGGGCUGCAUGGAUAUCCUCUUCCUCUUCUCAUUGAGCGGCGUGCGUCAGAUGUACUACAACCUGUUUUACACCACGCAUAUCAUCGCGGCCAUUGUCUUACUCGUUGCUCUGUAUUACCACGAGGAUUUCGACAUUCCCUACGUUGCGAUCGUAGCGGCCUUCUACGGAGUCGACCGCGUCCUGCGACUGGUUCAAACACGUAUUGUUACCGCGCAGCUCCGGCCGAUCCCGGAGCUCGGGAUGACCCGCAUCGAAGUCCCUUCCGUCAACGCAGGGUGGCGCGCGGGCCAGCAUGUCCGUCUCCGCGUCCUGUCCACUGGCAUGGGCCUUCUGGGCUGGACAGAGAGCCACCCUUUCACUAUCGCGAGCGUGAGCAAGCACCCCAACGAAGAUGGCCUCGUUGUAAUGGUCAAGAAGGCGGGAGAUUGGACCACCAAGCUGUACGAUGUUGCCCAGCGUACGGAGUACCGCGAAGUGCGCGGCCCAACCCGGAGCAUCAAGGUCAUGCUGAAUGGCCCAUACGGCGGACCUGGCCACGCGAUUGUGACCAGCUUCUCGGGCGCCAUGCUCGUCGCUGGCGGUAGCGGGAUCACCUACGCGCUGUCGACGGCACAAGAGCUUGUAACGAAGGGCGCGGAGAGCGCAAGUCGCACGCGCGUCGUCGAGCUCGUCUGGUCUAUCACCGACCCGGCCGCGUUGUUCCCCUUCCUCCCGAUAUUCGGCAACAUGCUCGCGGAGGCGCAGGGGACACACACGACCCUUCGCAUCUCCGUGCACUACACGCGGGCGAUCACGUCCGACGAGGCGAUGAAGGCGUUCGAGCGGCUCCCGCAGGGCGUGACCCUCUCACCCGGCCGCCCGCGCCUCCAGAAGGUCCUCGAGGGCGUGGUAGACCGUACCGUCGCGUCGGGCGGCGUGCAGGACCUUCUCACGGGUGUCGUCGUGGGCGUGUGCGGCCCCGUCGCGCUGGGAGAACAGGCCGGUCAGGUCGUCCGGCGAUUGGAUGGCGAGCGGCGCCGGGCUGUCAAUGGCGUUGAGCUGCACGAGGAGAUCUUUGGCUGGUAA